AUGGCGUCAGAAGGAGUGUCUCCAGUGCUGCUCCCGGAGAUGACCAUGAACCUGGGGGUCUCCGGUUCUGCCUUCAGGGUCUUGCCCUUCCUCAAUCCGGGGCUCGCCCAGCCACCACCCUGGGAGCCGAUCCAGAUGCCCCCUCUGGUGACCUCGGCCAUCGCUCCCGGCAACCCUCUGGUGCUGUCACCUUUCCCCAUGAUGCCCGUGGUGGCAGGAGCUGCGGGCCGUGACCCCCGCGACCCUGGGCCCUGCAAGGUCAUCAUGCAGGUCAGCCCUGAGGCAGGGCCUGUGGAGUCAGCCCAGAACCAGCCUGUCAUCCUGACACAGGCUCCACUCAACUGGGGGGCCGCAGAGGCGCCAUCUGCUGGGGCGGGGCAUCCUGCUCCCCUCUACUUGGCAUCCUCGGUGCCGAAGAACUUCAGGCCCGGCCCAGCCCCGAGAGGCGCCCAGGCUGGGAUGGGAGACCACCCUCCUCAGGCUCCCCUGCCAGUGGCCCAGGUGGCCCCCACCGUCCUCCCAUCCAGCGGUGGGCCACAGCCCCAGUGGGUUUGCGGGGACAGUGGUCCGGCCACCACCCUGAGCCAGGCACCGCCUGAGAACUCCAGCAACCACAGGAGCGUGUAUGAGAACUUCCGGCGCUGGCAGCGCUUCAAGGCCCUGGCCCGGACGUACCUUCCUCAGACUCCGGACACUGAAGCCCUGUCCUGCUUCCUCAUCCCGGUGCUGCGCACGCUGGCCCGCCUGAAGCCCACCAUGAGUCUGGAGGAAGGCCUGCGCCGGGCGCUGCGGGAGUGGCGGGGCAAGAGCAACUUUGACCGCAUGAUCUACUACGACAUGGCGGCCAAGUUCAUGGAGUUUGAGGCAGAGGAGGAGAUGGAGGCGCAGAAGCUACAGUGCAUGAACGGGGUGCAGGGCCUGCCGCCCCCCGCCCCGCCACGGCCUGAGCCUCAGGGGGCUCCCGGCCCACCGCUGGGCCAGCAGCCAGCCUGUGUUCCCAAGAAGGCCGGACCCCGGGCCCGGGCAGCCCGCCCCAAGGCCCACAAACCGCAGCGGCCCCCCAAGAACAAGGCCCCCAAGGAGAUCCCCCCUGAGGCCGUGCAGGAGUACAUGAACAUCAUGGACGAGCUGCUGAAGGCCCCCGGCACAGGCUGGGGGGCGCCCCUCGGCCGACGUGCAGCGGGCAGGAAGGAGCAGCAGGGGGAGGCCGGGACCUGCCCUGAGCCGGGGCUCCUGAGCUACGUGGACGAGCUGUGCUCCCAGGAGGCCUUUGUCACCAAGGUCGAGGCUGUCAUUCAUCCCGGCUUCCUGGCUCACCUGCUCUCCCCAGAGUCCCAGCUGGAUCUCCUGGCCCUGGCUGAGGAGCUGGAAGAGGAGGAAGGACUCACCCCCGCACAGCUUGUGGAAAAGCGUCUGCGAACCCCGCAUGACAAGGAGGCCAUGAAGGCUCGUCCCCAACACCAGGUGACCCCAGAGGACUCGAGUCCAGCUGAGAGUGCAGCAGGCCACAGAACCCCAACACCCACCUGGGGCCACUGGCCAGGGGCCAGCGCUGAAUCCUGCCCCUCUGAGACUGACUGUGGACACGCCUCAAGGCCUGCAAGGGCCCAGGACAGUGCAAUGGCACCUGAAGGCUCUGUCACCUCUCUGGGGUGCCUGGAGUCCCCACCCCGGCAGGCAGGACAGGCCAUGUGUCCCGGCCACACCGCCCCCACCUCGAACAGCAGGGCCCCCCGCAUGCUGGGAGUGGCCCCUCCUGGCCGGCGGCUGCCCGGGGCAGCAGAGAGCUCCAGCGAGGAGGAGGAGGAGCUGCCCAGCCUGGCCUUCCUCCUGGCCUCUCACCACAGCCUGCUGCCCUGGGGCUUCCCCGAGAGCCCUGGCCCUGACACUGGCCCCCACUGCCCCAGAGCUUGGGGGGCUUCUCGGCCCCCGCCCACCCGCAGAAGGGCCUUCAAGCCUGCUGCCCCUGAUGCUGCCUCUUCCAGGAAGCGUCCUCUGUCUGGGGGCGCGGGGCCGGGCACUGCUGAGAAGACCCCCUUCCCCGGGGGCUCAGCCUUGGCUGUGGAGGUGGAGCGGAGAAGUUGGGGCGCCCGCGGGGAGAGGCCGGCCAAGGGCACGGAGGUGACCGGGAAGCCCACGGCGGCCGCCGCCAAGCCCUGGGCCGCCCAAGGCGGGCGCGCGGAUCGCGCGGGCCGGCAGCUGGCGGGGGCCCAGGCCCGCCGAGCCCGGGCGCGUCCCCGGGGCCAAGACUUCCGCCUGCUCCCCUCCCCCCAAGGACGGCGCGCGGCGGACCGGCCGCUCGGACGCCCGGGAGGCUCGGCGGCGCCGCCCCGGCCGGCCGAGGACGGCAGGGAGAGCCGGGCCGCGACGCCCGCCCACCAGCCUUCCCCGCACCCCCGCCUCCACGCCAGCAUCCCGGCCCCCGAGGCCAAGGUCUCCCGGCCCGCAGACCUGGGGCGGAAGUGA